CCAGUGUGGAGCGGUACCGAGAGUGAGAAUGACUCAGUGUUACCGUCUUACCCAUCACCGUUCGCCUUGAGCCACCUCCACGCUGUAUACAAUUUGUUCAGUACCGUUUCGGCUAUUUACCGGUACAGUACCGUUAAGGCUGGUACUGGUACCGGAACUUGCCCACCAGUCGGAGAACCGCACUGCACUUGGCAGGACAAGGCGCUUGCCGUGAGGGACAGUGAGUGGUGGAGAUGAAGAUAGUGAUAUCUUUAGUAGCGAAGAGAAUAUUGUGUGUGUGUAGCCUCUCAGUAUUCAGAGGUUAACUAAUUAAACUUGGUUGAGGACACAAAGUGGAGUGUGGGUGCCUGCUAGUGACACGGACAGCCGCCACCGAGCAGUCUUUGGCUAACACCUUGCAUAAAAGUGAGUGAGAGAAGACAAUGUCGAUGAGAAGAUAUCUCCUGCAUAUUGGUUACUGUGGCUCCAUGCUACGGGGUGUCCAGAAGCAGAGAGAGGAGCACGAGGCUCUUUUUGUCAGCGUUGGUGGCCUUGUGGAGAAGGGGCUAAAGCGCCUCAGGCCAGAGAGCAUUGAACAGUUGUACUUCUCCAGCCGCACUGACACUGGUGUUCAUGCUGUGUGUAACACAGCCCAUGUGGAUUUGUCGUGUCAAGGUGAAGGGUUAUGUUAUGAGCCUAGCACUGUCACGAACACGCUAAAUCGCUUCUUUAAAAAAAUUAAUGCUGAAAUUAGAGUUCACAAGACCACCCUGGUGCCAUCCACAUUUCAUGCACGCUAUGAUGCAGUGUCACGGAAGUAUCUCUAUCGCCUGGCAGUGACUCCUGAGCCUGCAAGUAGUGCUCGUGCUGUCCUGGAACAGUUCAUGCCAGUUGCUGAGAUAGGAAAACUCUAUCUUGUCAGACCUCCCUUUGAUGCUGAGCGUCUGGAGUCUGUUUGCCGCCUGCUGGAGGGAGUACACGACUUUGCCUCCUUUGCCAAUGUGCAGAGCAAAGGCAGCAUCCCAAGGGAAACUUUGCGGGAAAUAAAGAGUAUCACUGUGACACCUGGUCAACCAUUAUUGGAUCCAACCCUGGAUCCCCUAUAUUCUAAGCUCCAGUUUUGGGAUGUGACUGUGCAUGGGAAAUCCUUCCUUUACAGACAGGUGCGGCGGACAGUUGGAGUAUUAGUGGGUGUGGCACAGAGAUGCCUCAACCUGGAGGAUGUGCAACAUUUGCUGGACCAUCCAUCACAGAGAAACUGGAAUUCAAAAGCAACAGUAGCUCCCCCUGAUGGACUCUUCCUUCUGGACGUAGAGUAUCCUCCUCAUGUGUUUGCUGAGGAAGGAGAUGACUCAGGGCAGUCUCCACAGGAGUGAAUGGUAUAACUUGUUGUGCUGGCUGCUAAAAAUCUAUAUUGCUAAGUGAUCUUUUCAUUGUAUAUACUGUAUAUGUUUCAUCAUUAUUAUUAUUUAUAUAUAUAUAUUUUUUUUUUUGCAUAAAUCAUAUCCAGUGUAUCUGAAAUAUGCUAUUUCAUGAGGAAAAAUUUAUGAAAAAACCAUCUGAGAGGUAUGCAUAGGUGAUAUCUUUCUUUUCCGGAUAAUAGAUGGGCAGUAGCUCUUCUUCAAUGCUCAUUAAUAAAGGUGACUCAUAUA